AUGGUAUUGUGUGACUUGUACAUCCAGAAGCUGAAGGCUGAUGACCCUAGCAAACAGAGCUUGAGUUUGAUAGCUGUCUCACAUUGCUUGGACACCAGAAGUGAAAUCAAAAUAACAAAUGUGGUAGAAAAGGAGAUGAGUCAUAUGCACAGGCUUGUGCAAAUGGAGAACUCGGGCUUGGUUAAUAUGAUUGUUGAUGACAAAUAUAAAGACCUAGGAAGGAUGGAUUGUUUGUUUCGUCGGGUACCCAAUGGGCUUGUUUUAAUCAGAGAUGCCAUGACUUCAUACAUUCAUGAUACAGGUAAGCAGCUAGUUACCGAUCAAGAAAGGCUAAAGGAUCCUGUGGAUUUUGUGCAACUUCUGUUGGAUUUAAAGGAUAAACAUGACAAGAUUAUCACUUCAGCAAUUAGCAAUGACAAGACUUUUGAAAAUGCAUUAAAUUCCUCUUUUGAAUAUUUCACCAAUCUGAAUUCUAGGUCUCCAGAGUUCAUCUCUUUGUUUGUAGAUGACAAGCUUCGAAAAGGUUUGAGGGGAGUUACUGAAGAGGAUUUGGAGCUGGCACUUGACAAGGUGAUGAUGCUCUUCCGUUACCUUCAAGAGAAACAUGUUUUUGACAAGUAUUACAAGCAAUACUUGGCCAAAAGGCUUCUUUCAGGGAAGCCCUGA